AUUACAUUUUCGUUUUUGAUAAACAUUUCAUCUCGUAUUUUUAUAGUGCAAUGAAGGUACCAACGAUGAAGAGCUAUGUACGGAACAGUUUUCUUUUACUAUUAAUCAUCACAAGUGUGAUAGCCCAAUUUGCCUCAAAGUUCAUUAUUUCCAACCGCUGUGCACCCAAAGAAACAUGUAGCGAAUGUAUUCAAAUACCGGAUUGCUCUUGGUGUUUUGACCCCAACUUUGGUAAUGGACCUCGCUGCUUCGAUGCAGAAAUACAGUUCCCCCAACAUAAAAAGUGUCCCGAAGAAUUCGUAUUUUUUCCGGAAAAUAUACAAAAUGUUGUGACCAAUCUAGAGUUAACAAAAGCUCGUAAAUGGGACACCGAUGGUGAUGAAACGAUCACGGAAGGAGUUGUAGGAAGCUAUAAAACUGGUGGUACCAGAGAUCAGAUGGUACAAGUCGCACCUCAAAGAAUACGUUUGAAGUUGCGGCCUGGAGCAGUGCACACCAUCGCAAUGAAAUACACCCAAGCAGAAGACUACCCAUUGGACAUUUACUACCUUAUGGGUUUGAGUAAGUCUACGUCAGUCAACGAGAAAUUGUUGAGUUUGGGCGAGACGCUGGCAACGAUGAAAAAACUGACCUCAAACUUACAAGUGGGCUUUGGUACUUUUAGUGACAAAGCUCUUAUGCCACAUGACAACAACUUAACAGAGAAUUUUCUGCAUUCUGCUCCUUACGGCUACAAACACGUCUUAAGACUAUCGACAGAUGCCGAAUUGUUUUCACGCACUGUGAAACAAGCCAAUGUUUCUGGAAAUUUGAUGGCACCAAAAGGUGGUUUCGAUGCAGUAUUACAAGCGUUGCAAUGUAGUGAUCAGAUUGGUUGGAGACAACAAGCUAGAAAAUUACUGGUGGUUGCCACAGAUGCAAAUUUCCACGUUGCUGGAGAUGGAAAACUUGGAGGUAUUAUAAAACCCAACGAUGGCUAUUGUCAUUUAUCCCAUGAUGGUUCCUACACACAGUCAUCCUAUCAAGACUACCCCUCUAUCGAACAAAUCAAUUGGAGCGUAAAGAGAAAUUCAAUCAACGUCAUUUUUGCAGUCACCGAUAAUACUGUGAACACCUACGAACAGAUUGCCAAAAUGAUAGAGGGUUCGUCAGUGGGAAAAAUGGAUGGCAAUAGUUCUAAUAUUAUUUCCCUUAUAAAAGAACAAUAUGCAAAAAUUUCUUCCAUUGUUGAGAUGAAAGAUAAUUCUUCUAAUGCGUUAAACAUUAAAUAUUUGAGUAAAUGUUUGGAUUCCACAGGACUGUUGGUUUAUACUAAUAAGUGUAAUAAUAUAAAGGUCGGUGAUGUUGUUACAUUCACAAUCGAUAUAAAAGUCCUAAAGUGCCCCAAAAAUCCAGCAGAUUAUUUCCAGACUAUUCAAAUAUACCCUGUUGGUUUGUAUGACAGAUUAAUAAUCGAUUUAGAAAUUAUAUGUGAAUGCCAUUGCGAAAAACCUGGCAAUCCAUAUUAUCAAGAACAUGCCCCGGUAUGUUCAAGGAUGGGUACAUACAAAUGCGGCAUAUGUGAAUGCAAUCCCGGAAAUUUCGGGAAACAUUGUGAAUGCAUCGCAGAUGAUAUAUAUACCAACAUAACUGCCAACUAUUGUAGUCCUCCGAAUGCACCAAAUGAGUUAGAAUGCUCUGGCAGAGGACAAUGCGUCUGCAAUAAAUGUGUGUGUGAGGCAAGAGAGAACGAAAAUGAGAGAAUCUACGGCAAAUACUGCGAAUGCGAAAACUUCUCCUGCGAGCGCCAUGACGGCAAACUUUGCAGCGGUCCCGACCACGGUAUCUGCGACUGCGGCGUAUGCCACUGCAAAGAAGAAUGGUCCGGCCCGAACUGCGCAUGUGCCAAAUCCAACGCCACCUGUUACGCGCCAGGUGUUACGGAUGGUAAGAUUUGUUCAGGACACGGAACAUGCGAGUGCGGCGUAUGUCACUGCGAUGUUACCGAUGAGGGACGGUAUUCUGGAAAAUUCUGUGAGAGAUGUCCAACUUGUCCUGAUAGAUGUGCCGAAUUCAAAGAUUGCGUACAAUGCCAACAGUAUAAGACAGGUCCUCUUAAGAUACCGGAGGAUUGUUCUGCACAGUGUACAAAAUUCACUCCCAUUUCAGCUGAUGUAAUAACCGUGGAUGAGAAAAAUAAUGAAGUAAUUUGCUCAUACUAUGACGAAGACGACUGUAGGUUCAACUACGUAUAUUAUUUCGAUGACGAACAAGUUAGAGUUAGAGCUCAGGCGAAUAGAGAUUGUCCUCAAACGCAAAAAUUUGGUAUUGGGAAUCGAAACUCUUUAAUAUUAUACUGAGUUGUAUUUGAUACGGACAAAUUACGUAUUUUCCUUUAUUUUCAGUUUCGAAAAAAUGUUUUAGAUGAUUUGAAGAAUGAGGAAGUACAAAAAAAGAAUUUAUUUGAUUUUGGAAUAACGCUUUUUCAUUAGAUUAUUAGAUAAAAAUAAUUUUUAGUGUUAAUAAAAUAGUUAUAAAUUUAUAGUUUAUAUGCAAAAUAAAAAUUGAACAACUUACAAAA